AUGAAUAAGACAAACUUUUCAUUUGGUGAUGAAACAAAAGAAAAAAAUAUAAAAACAAAAGAUGAAGAGGAAAAACAUAUUCAAAAGCAACUCGAUGCUUACGCAACUCAGAAGAUAAAUAAGGAAAAUGAAAAUUUGAUUUUGAUGACCCAAAAUUAUCAGAAAUAUUAUGAUCAAUGUGAUUGUAGUUCAAUUGCUGUGCCUUCGAAAAUUCUAAAUAAUGCCAAGACGAAUUGGAUGUCAUCUGAGAAGCUUAAUGACCUUCGACGUAAAGCACAUGAUGCAGUAAAAAACCAUAAAGUGUUCAUUUUAAAAGGAUUUUUUCACACAAUAAGAAAAGGUUUAAUAGAUCGUGGUUGGGUGAGUUCUUUUGUUUGUUUAAAUAUGUACAUAAGACGUCAAUCGAGUGAAAAAUAUCAAAACAGGUUGAAAAAAUUGAUGUGCACAAAGCGCGUACCGUCACAAGCAGCUCUGUUGAACAUUUCAAAACUUAGGCAUAUUCAAAAAUGUGAGCGAAGCAUUUUAUCGCGAUUUCUUGAACAUUCUCCUAUCGAUUUAUUGUGGUGUGUACGGAGAGAAAAAUCAGAUUGGACACAUCUAACGAAAAACCAAAACAUAUUGAUAAAUCGUUUUAACAAAUCACCAUUCACGUCGAAAGAAGGUUUAUGUGCUGCAUUAAAAGAUUUUCAUUGGUUCUAUGAAGAGGGAAAGUCAGAGGCAUAUUUACCUCGAUGCUAUAACGUAUUUAAUCCUGACGAAUUAAACGAAUUUACUGAGAAUUUUCGUACGACUGCUUGUAUCAGUUUAUUGAAAUGGCUUGUUGAGACAUAUGAAGAGAAAGGAUCGUAUUCACUUUUCAGCGAAGAGGGUCGAGUGCCCUUGAGUAGUAUUCAGUUUGCUAAUAGUCGAUGUAAAGAUUAUAUUGACUGUUGUCUUCACAACGAUAUUGAUACAGAAGGUGACAUUAAAAUAUGGGAACACGAUUGGGACGUUUUUCUCACCCAUCAUUAUUUGCUUACACACGAAAAGUCGAAAUUCCAAAUGCAACAAGACGCUUUCACUUCUCUUGAAGUUAUUAUCGAAGUUUCACGACAAAUUCUCGAGAAAAUGAAAAUCUUAUGGCCACAAUAUGGACUUGAUGGAUUAUUAAAUAUUUGGAUAAUAAAGCCAGGAAAUAAAUGUCGUGGACGCGGCAUCAUGUUGAUGAACAACAUUAAGCAAAUCAUAUCAAUCGUCAAUCCACCUGUGAGUGCUACCAAGACACGAUACGUUGUUCAGAAAUAUAUUGAACGACCACUGAUUAUUCAUAAAACAAAGUUCGAUAUCCGACAAUGGUUCCUUGUGACUUCGGUUCAACCACUCAUUAUAUGGUUUUACAAAGAAAGUUAUUUAAGAUUCAGUUCUCAACAGUUCAAUUUGUUAAAUUAUCAUGAAUCAGUUCAUUUAACUAAUUAUGCAAUUCAGAAAAAGUAUAGCAAUGGACCAAGGGAUGAUCGCUUGCCUGUGGAAAACAUGUGGGAUUGCCAUACAUUUCAAGCCUAUUUACGUCAGUUAGGAAAGUUUGAAUUGUGGGGCGAACGGAUAUAUCCUGGCAUGCAACGAGCGAUUAUAGGAACAAUGUUAGCAUGUCAAGACAAUAUGGAUCGAAGGCCAAAUACAUUUGAACUUUAUGGUGCUGAUUUCAUGAUAACAGAAGAUUUUUAUCCAUGGCUGAUUGAAAUUAAUGCUUCGCCAGAUUUGGCACCAUCAACAAGUGUUACAGCGAGACUAUGCCCACAAGCUGUUGAAGAUACCAUUAAAGGUAACCUUUUGACACUCUAA